AUGACAGCACCGUAUGUCGAUCAGAUCCAUUUCAGGCUGGUUUCAAUCGCGGCGAUAACUCCGAACACUAUGCACUGCCAACAUCGGGCACUGGUAAUAUCAUGUAUCUGGAGGAAUACGGUACAUACGGGCAUCCCUGGUGAAUGGAUGUUCGAACUGGGCGAGAAACGAGUGAUCCGGUGUAAGCAAGGCAUCAAGGGUGACACAUGCGACGAAGACCAUUCGGCUCAAUGCGCUCCAAACGCGAUCUCAUUCACCGACUACGAUCGCUGCGGAGAACCUUUGCAAAGGUGUCAGUGUCUGGCCGGGUUCAAAGGCGACGGGUACAAAACAUGUCAUGAUAUUGAUGAGUGUCGAGAGCAAGUCUGUCAUAAGAACGCCGUGUGUACGAACACACCUGGACGGUACUUCUGCCAGUGUCAAGAGGGCUUCUCAGGCGAUGGUGUCACCGAAUGCGUCGCUUCGUUCUUGUUCCCAUCUGACUCUCAUCAACCUCUGCCGAAGAGUAAAACAUCCAAGGUUCUGUGGCAACUCAAAGCACCGAUGAAAUUGUUUGGAAAAACGUAUGACAAGAUUACGGUGACAACUUCUGGUUUGCUUUCGAUAACGGACGUGCCAAAAACGUUCGGUGACAAUCUGGAACAAAUGCAUCUGACCGGAGUGGCACCGUUUUUUGCUCCUAUCGACACCAGCCGAGGAGGACAUGUAACACACAUUCAAGAAAACUACGAGGAACCCACGUUCCAAGCCAGAAGCGUUCUGAUCGUCACGUAUAUGAACGUCACCGACGGUAGAGCCCAGCGAGGAAAUACUUUCCAAACAUUGUUGAUCAAUGGAAUGAACAGCAAACAAGAGAAAAUGACGUUCGCUCAAAUGCUCUAUAAGGACAUGCAAUGGGGUGACGGGGCCGAAGCUGCAAUCAUGACUAACGACAUUUCGUCGUCGUCGGUCAGUCUACCCGGCUCGGGUACGCAAGGCAUCGAACAGCUCACACAGCUCAGCAACGUCGGACAGCCCGGAAUUUGGCUAUUCAGAAUUGAUGGGCCAACCAUUCAGCCAUGUCCAUUAGAAGGACAACAACCACCGUACUGCAGAAGAAGACGCGUCCAACUGAGAGCGAAUACUGCCGCCAAGACCAACACAGCCUGUGCAAUUCCUGUAGAACCUCCUCGUAUCAUCCAACCGCAACUCAUUACUCCACAUUCUGGAAAGCACAACAUCCACGUGAGCGCACAACCUGAGGCACCGUCGGCUCCGUCCUUCUCGAGCCUUUCAUCCACUCCACCGACGAAAACCACCCGUCCACGUCCUCGAUAUGAGAGUACGCCUCAUCGGUCAGUGCGGAAAGAGCUU